AUGUCUGAGUUCAGUCCGAGGUCAAUUCUCGACCCGACAGUGUAUUUCACGGGUGAAUAUACCUUUGAGGGCGAGCGAUUUUCUGGUCCCGUUUGCCGACGGCCCCUGCCGCCGACGACCUCCAAGGCCAAACCAUUCGAAUACACCGGCCAACCAGCAAACCUGGCCAUGAUUGAACAGAUCGCAGAGCUCCUGGAACAGAACAAGAUACCCUGUCAUGUGAUCAAUGACGGUAUGUGGCGUCACUUUGGCUGCCAGAAUCCUAUCAACUCCCUCGACAUAGUCAUCCCGCGGUCCCUGCAGAUGCAGGCGGUCCAGGUCUUGCGCAAGGCUAACUUCGACGAUAGCUGCCGCCGGAUUGAGAAUAUAUCCGCCCCGUGUAACUACAUCUACAAUCUGCGGGCGAACUUCCAUCGGGCGUGGUGGGUGCCCGCUCAUGUCUUCCACCUCCAGCCGGCAGCUCCGGGGGAAGAGCUCCAUGUGGAUCUGAACCUGUUCAUCCACGAGGACUGGUUCCCGAACGUGAAGCUUCCGGCCUGUGGUCCGCUGGCCGAAGAUGAUGAGGCCUAUCUGGUCUCGACCGAUACGCGUCUCGCCUCGUGCGAGCAGGCCACCUACGAGGUCAAGUUGUUCCAGCCGGCGCGGAUGGUGGAGGCCCUGAUCCGCCUCGCCUACCGCGACUAUUACCUGUACGGG